AUGACAAAUUAUUAUUGGAUUAUAGCUCAACAUUCUGGAAAAGUUCUUGAAGUUGAAAAUGGUUCUUUUUGUAGUUGUGCUAACAUUAUACAACAUACUAAGAAAUCUGAGCUUGACCCCUUCGUUGAUAUGCAACUCUGGUAUUUUGAUGGUGGAUUUAUUGUAAACAAAAGAUCUGGCUUCGUGAUUGAUGUCGCUGAAGGUACGAAAAUUAUUCAAUAUCCAAGGAAACCUGAACCAUCUCAAAAUCAAGAAUGGGAAUACAACCAUGAGGACAACACUAUCGGUUUGAAAUCUAAUCGAAAUUUUGUCCUUGAUGUUGAGGAAUCAAAAACAGAUAAUCAUGCCUUCAUCAUCCUAUAUGAAAAGCAUGGUGGAGAGAAUCAACAAUUCAUUUUGCAAAAAUGGAAUGAUUGUUCAGUUAUCGAAAAUGCAGUACCGAAAAUUAUUGACAAUUAUAGAUUUUUGCCUAAAUUAUCACAAAAUUUCCUUGAAAUUUUGAAUGAUGACGAAUAUUAUGAUAUUAAUAUUGAAGUUGGUAACGACCCACAUGUAAAAACAUUUCAUGCUCAUAUGAUUAUUUUAAAUUACCGUUCUCCUUAUCUACGAAGUAAGUUGUCAACUAAUAAAAAGAAUAAUGAUGGAACUUUGGCGCAUAUUGAACUACCUAAUAUUUUACCCGAAAUUUUUGAAGUGAUUUUAAGGUAA